GGGUCAGUCAUUUGUAUGCGGCGUUUGUACAGCGUUAGGUUGUGUAAACCGACAGUCACUUCCCCGUUGAGUGAGCAUGAUGUUAACUAUCAGCACUAUGGGGUUAAGAGCAGUUUUUAGUUUAAAGAGUUUAAGAUGUCGGCUGUUUAGAUCAGCCUGUGUCAGUAAACGUUAUAAUGUUCAAAGUCUCUGCAGUGUCUCCAGAUCAACACUGUCACAGACCAACACACUGUUUAGGACGUGUAGGACAGCGCCAUGUGUGUCCCUUCUGAACAUACGGACACUGUCUACUCUACCUCCACCUCCCUCAUCUAACAGAGACAAAUCCAACAACCGGAAGACUGGUCCAGUUACAUGGAAAUCUCUUGCUAUCACAUUUGCACUGGGAGGAGGUCUUCUUCUAGGGAUGAAAUACUUCAAGAGAGAAAAAGAGGAAAAGAUUGAAAAGGAAAGAACAAAGUCGAUGGGAAAACCAGCUCUUGGAGGUCCAUUCUCACUUGUCGACCACAACAAUAAACCCACAAAGAGUGAAGAUUUCCUCGGCCGGUGGCUGCUGAUAUAUUUCGGUUUCACACACUGUCCAGACAUCUGUCCGGAUGAACUGGAGAAAAUGAUUGAGGUCGUAGAUGAGAUUGAUAGAAUAAAAACCCUUCCAGACAUAACACCAAUUCUCAUCACCAUUGACCCUGAUAGAGACACACCAGAAGCAAUGGCAGCAUAUGUCAAAGAGUUUUCCCCCAAGCUUAUCGGUCUGACAGGAACAACUGCCCAGAUUGAGCAAGUGUCCAGAGCAUACAGAGUGUAUUACAGCCAGGGCCCAAAAGAUGAAGACAAUGACUACAUUGUCGAUCACACUAUCAUAAUGUACCUGGUGGGACCUGAUGGCCAGUUUCUUGAAUAUUUUGGACAGAAUAAGAAAUCCACUGAGAUCUCAUCAUCCAUUGCAUCCUACAUGAGAAAGUACAAACAUGGAAAAUGAGUCAAAGGGCAUGGCUUCAGCACACGCUAGAGUGCUUAUUUCUGUCCCAUUACUGUGAAAAUGGGUUAUAUUUAUUUGAAGUGAACUCUGAUACACACUUUUUUUCAGACUUUUGAAGCAUUCCCCAUUUUGCCGCAGCCCAACACAAUAACUUUUGUUAUUCAUUUCUGUACACAUCAAUAAAAAUUCAAAACAUUCAACUUCAAUAAACUACGUUUUGAUUGAUA